CAGGACAGCGGCUCUUGAGGACUGGAGUUUGACACCCCUGGCUUGUGCCAUGCUAGAGGCAUGGCUUCUUUGGAAUAGUUGCUUUAAAACAACUUUUCUAUUAUAUUUCAAAGACACUUCCCUUUUUCCGUCAUCCCUUUGUUACUAGGUAGCGUACAACAUUACGGUAUAACAAUUAUGUCUUCAGAGAAUUUAGCGAGUACUCAGUUUUAAACUGGCAAUUUGUGUUUCUAUACAGCAAAGUUUAGAAUGUACAGAAAUGAUUAAGGCACUUUCUGAAACUUACCAGCACUUUUGAAACGUCUUUGCAAACCUUUCAGAAUGUACAGUUCACUUUCUCCCAACUUACCAGAGUCUGAAUUCUCAAAGUCAAAGAAUAAUUUAUUCGGCCAGCUGCAGAAAGAAACUUUGAGCAAGGAGACAACAUAAACUGCUGUCUUAGUGAGGAUGUGUGAUUGACUGUUGCUAUGCAUAAUGCUAUCCUCCAGGGACUGUGAUUGGUUGAUGCUCAAAACAAAAUAACAUAAAAAAACACGCCCUCACUAGAUAAUUGAAAGAAGUUAACUGAUCCUACAUUGACAGGAUUAAGAAAAGUGUGUCACAAUGAUGAAGCUAUGCAAUAUCUAAUUAUUUGCCACACAACAUCAACAUGUUUGAUCACAGAUUAUUUUCAUCCUUGUCUUUACUUUUGAUUUUCCAGAACUUCUCGCCAUUUUACAAAGCCAUCUAUUUGAUAUUAAUGUGGACAUUCAGCUGUCAGUAAUUUAUUGUGUUUGCCUGCUUGUAAAAAGUUGUUUGAUCUGACAAAGCAAGUAACAUAAAAUGGGGAAGUAAAGGAUGUGAAACCAAACAGGACAAAGGCAGCUGCUGGCAGAGCUAUAUCCAUUUUACAGAAUAUCUUUCUCGUCUUCCCUUCUUAAGACACUGUUAGGUUUGCUAAAAGUUCUUCUCACUGCUCCGACGACGUGUCACUAUAGGAGCUCUCCUAAGGUCUAAGGGGCUUUUAAUGUGUAAGACUUUUCUUAAAAUGAAGUCACCAGGCAUUACUUAUAGUCCAAGAUUUCUUUGUGGGUCCAGGUAUUUUUCCACAACUUAGAGACUGCUUCCAGAAUCUAGAAGGGACUUUCCAGAACCUGCAAGACACUUUCUUGGAACCUUCAUAAAACAUAAAAAGUCUCUCUGCCAGAACUUAUCAAGUACUCUUCGCAAACUUACUGGUCAGUUUUUCAGAAUGUACCAGGUACAUUUCCAUAACUGAGCAGUCAUCAUGUGCCACGUUUUAAAAAGAAGUCUUGAAGUUUUAUCAUAUUCUCGAGCAACCAGUGGGCUUGAGAAUAUGAUAAACUGUUUUGUCUUGGUUUUUCUUAGCUUUGAACUUAGCUUUUUAACUUGUUUUACAACUCUUCUGGGCAUUCUUCCUUCUUUCAUUACACCCUUUUUUCCUUCUUUCUCAUUGAGUCUUUAUGAAAUUGGAUGAACAUUUGUGGAUAUAUAAUUAUCUCCUUUUUAUUUGGACAGUAUUUGAAAUAAGUGUCUUUUUAUACUUUAAAAGAAAGUCCAGGACAGAUCUGACUUGGAACUGAAUGCUGAGUCUCCCUUGAACAGAUCCAUCUGCAAGUGUUAGGCAAGUUUUGGCAAGUAGCUUUUUGGUAAUCAUCUAGUUGCUGCAAAAACACCUGAAGACCUGACAGACAUAGAUCAUGACAAAGUUUGUGUUGUUUGAUAAGUUGUCUGUACAAAGGGCCUGGGCCUCUCGAGGUUACAUUCCUCAGCUUGGGUGCUCCUUAUUUCUCUGCAGUAUUGUGUUGCUUUAACAGAAAAUCAAUUCCUCUAAAACCUUUUAAGUGUAACAAUUGUGCUAAAAUCAAUCACAGUCCAAGUUCCAAACAAAAUCUUUAAAGGAUCUUCAGAAGGCCUGGAAAAGUCUUUUAUUUAACAGCACAGCAUGUACCAUAAAAAAGGACCUUUGACUCACUAAAGACAGUGUUAGAAUUUUGUACAAUAUACAUUAAAAAGUAUUGGUUUUAUAUGUGACCGCUAUUUGAUCAGCAGAGGGAGCCAGAGGAUCUCUAGACAUUCUCGUGAUUUCUAAAGCCAGGGCUUUUAGAGAGGUCAGUUACUUUGUCACUGUGUAUGUUUCUAUUCUGUUUAUUUAGUUCCAGUGCUGCCAUCUUUAAUAUGAUAUGAGAUAUGUUAGUGUCCCUCCCGCCUCCCUUUGUUGGCUUCUUGUAGAAUAACCGAAAAAGAAGCUAAGCUAUCGCUUAGCAGACAGCAUCACCUAGUGGACAAUAAAAAGAAGAACAAACAGGUUUACUUUAAAUAGUUUUCACCAAAUGGGAGGUAUUGCACCAAAUAACAAUUUUUAAUAACUUUUCUCUGAUCUUAGCACGAGUUAUUUACUAAGCAAAUAAAUAUUGCCCAAAUGUGUAAACACAUUUACUUUCCUUUUUAUUGUAAAUAGAUCCUUGUUUAACUGAAAAAUAUUUAUAUGCAUACCCCUUCUAUUUAAAUCAUUUGUAUGGCUUCCACUGGCCAAGACAAACUUCUAUUCUAUUCUAUUCUAUUCUAUUCACAUCUGCUUGCUGCACAUACUGCAUACAAUUACAGUAUUGCAUGCUGAAAUAUCAGAAAAGUAAUUUUUGCCACUGUUUGACAUAUUCUUGAAAUCACAAAUCAUAAGUUAACAUUCCCCUCCACCCCCCCAAAAUACAAAACACCUUAAUGAUGACUUAAAGACACAGACUUCCUGUUGGAGUACAAUAGCUAAGUGCCCUCGAUGCUGGAUGGAUGAGCAGUGAAUGAAGUGAAAUGCCAUUCCUUUCUUAAAAUAAAACAGAAAGUUCAGGCAGACAGGCAACAGGUGGACACAAAGGCUGUCUCCUGGAUUCUGUGUAUCCUGGAUGUGUGCUUUGUUAAGUGGUGAGCUGCAUAACAAUCUUCUGUGAAUACAUGUUUGUAGAAAAUAUCAAUGGUAUGGAUGUCAAAUAGUUUGAUAGCGAUGAUUAGGCACAAUUGUGAUAUGAUUGAAUUUAUAUCCUGCAAUAAAUUUGUUGUGCUUCUGCUAGAUUCCUGACAGGGAACAGAAACAUCCCACUGUGAUUGAUUUUGAAUAAAUAUAAAGUGUCCUGUCAGUGUUGUUGACCACUGCGCCUGCUGUGUUAGGAGCCAUCUGAGCUCAGCAUAGCUGCAAAAUCCCAGUGCCUGUACUUAAGCAGCUGCCACUGUCCAUCACCCAGUUAAAACACACGCAGAGUGACAGAGCUGUCCCAGAGAGAGCUCAUGGUCGUCCCCGGCAAAGAGUGAAGCAACAAGAUCACCUCCUUAUCUGCUGUGGGACGCUAGCUGUCAGUUUGUUAUUUUGCUUCCUCGACCACAUGUUUUACUCGGUUUAAUCGUUUUGGAGCCAAAAUGAAGACUUUGGAGCAAAUAUUUGCCUUUCAUAUGAUUCUGGUCACCUCAGCUUACAGCACACAGAGAGCACCUCGUAUCAUCACUUUACUAGAAACAGUGGAUGUUCUUCUUGAUCACAAUGCCACCUUCAUCUGUGAGGUGGAGUCAAGUCCCAGUGCUUCUAUUACAUGGACCAAAAACAAUCAGCCAAUCAUGUACUAUGACAACCGAUACCUUACCAAGGAGCAGGGCCAGAUGUUGACCAUCCCUCAUGUGAAAGAUUCAGACAACGGAGAGUACUGCUGCAUUGCCAGCAACGGCAUCGGAGAAGCUGCAAAGAGUUGUGGAGCUCUUCAGCUGAAGAUGAAGCCCCAGAUCAAGCGUCAACCUACCAACGUAACUUUACUGAUAGAAUCUAAAGCAGUGCUGCCCUGUGUUACCCUUGGGCAUCCCAAACCAGAUGUCACCUGGCUCAAAGACGAUGAGCUUAUCAAGAUCAGCGACCGCGUCACCAUUCUUGAUUAUGGGGCACUAAAAAUUCAUAGGAUCCAGACGGAGGAUGCUGGGAUGUACCGCUGUGUGGCAAGGAACAGCUUUGGUUUGGCCUUUUCAAAGCCCGUCACCAUUGAAGUACAAACUCCAGCACGACUCCUGCGAGUUCCAAAAGAGAAGAGAGCAGAUUAUGGUAGCCAGAUAACCCUGGAGUGCAAUGCCACUGGAAAUCCUACUCCCACCAUCACCUGGCUGGAAAAUGGGAAUACUGUGUCAGGUGCCUCGGUGGAGGAGACUUUGGAGGGAAAUGUAAUACUCUCCGUUCUUAAAGUAACGGUGACUAAGUCAGCAUUAUACACAUGUGUGGCCUCCAACAGACACAGCGGUGGAGCGAACAAUGUUAAAAAAAGUGCCAGAGUCACUGUUACAGACUGGAGACACCAUCAGCAACAACAGACACCAGGCAGUCAUAAAGGCAUCACAGGCUACUGCAGUGCAUAUCGUGGAGAUGCGUGUCGAACGAAUCUUCGAGACGAUUCUCUGGUUUUCUUCAACUCCUCCCUCUCGGACCCUGAAGGGAUGCAGGAAUACCUGGUUCAGAGCUGGUUGGCCGAGCUGGAAGGCCUCAGCGGACUCUGUAACCCAGCUGCACUCUCACUGCUCUGCCACUCUGCCUUCCCUGACUGCAACCCAUCAGGUGGCUCGGCCCCUAAACCGGUCUGCAGAGAGCACUGCCUGGCAGUGAAGGAGCUCUAUUGCCAUAAGGAGUGGUUGACACUGGAGGGGACUGGUUCAGUUCAGGCUGGACUCUUAAGCUCAGUCACCGGGUCCCAAAUUUUCACUUCACUGCUACCCAACUGUCAGGCCUUACCAAGUCUUCACACUGACCCAUAUGGUUGUACAUAUAUCCCCUUUGUAGAUCUCCAAAAAGAUCAGAUAACAACAACAUGUUAUGAUGGCAGGGGUCGCUUCUACCAAGGCAGUGUGAAUAUCACAAGAUCUGGAAUACAGUGUCAACCGUGGAACAAACAGGUUCCCCACCAGCACCGCCUAUCGGUGGAUGUCAUUCCAGAGCUGAUGAAUUCAAAUAACCACUGUAGGAAUCCUGGAGGAAUCAGUGACAAGCCUUGGUGUUACACCUCAGAUCCUAAUAUACGCUGGGAAUACUGCGCAGUGCCUCAGUGUGGGGAAAUAAUCACAGCACCAGUGAGGAAGCCAGAGCUGACAGCGCCUGAUCAGGUUCCUCGUCCCCCUCCCACCUCGACAUCAUCAUCGCCAGCCUACUCCAUGACUGUCAUCGUUAUUGUCCUAACCUCAAUGGCAACUGCGGUCUUCCUCACAAUUAUCAUCCUUGGCUGUCAUAGGAGGAGAAAGCAGUGGAGGAACAGAAAAAGAAGAGAGAUUGGGACCCCAACACUGAGCGCUCUUCCAUCUGAGCUCUUGUUGGAUCGACUCCAUCCUAAUCCCAUGUACCAGAGAGUUCCUUUGCUCCUGAAUUCAAAGCUGCUGGCCCUCGAGUAUCCCCGCAACAAUAUCCAAUAUGUCAGGGACAUUGGGGAGGGAGCGUUUGGACGUGUUUUUCAGGCCAGAGCACCGGGCCUCCUGCCGACAGAGCCUUUCACAAUGGUGGCUGUGAAGAUGCUGAAAGAGGAAGCCUCAGCUGACAUGCAGAACGACUUCCAGAGGGAGGCGGCGCUCAUGGCCGAAUUCGACCAUCCAAACAUCGUUCGACUGUUGGGUGUCUGUGCUGUGGGUAAGCCGAUGUGUCUGUUGUUUGAAUACAUGGCCCAAGGGGACCUCAAUGAGUUCCUACGUCGCCGAUCUCCAACCCAGUCCGUGCGCACCAUCAGCCGAGCUAGCCUAUCAGCUCGCAGUUUCUCCUCCGACGGGGAGGCAGCGUCUCUCACCUGUCCGGAACAGCUCUCUGUUUCUAAGCAGAUCGCCGCGGGAAUGGCCUAUCUGUCAGAGCGCAAGUUUGUCCACCGGGACCUUGCAACACGCAACUGCCUGGUUGGAGAAGAAAUGAUUGUGAAGAUUGCAGACUUUGGCCUCUCCAGAAACAUCUAUUCAGCUGAUUACUACAAAGCCAACGAGAAUGAUGCAAUCCCCAUCCGCUGGAUGCCCCCGGAGUCGAUUUUCUACAAUCGCUACACAACCGAAUCAGAUGUAUGGGCCUACGGUGUGGUGUUAUGGGAGAUUUUCUCCCACGGGAUGCAGCCAUAUUACGGAAUGGGUCACGAGGAGGUUAUUUACUACGUGAGGGAUGGUCACAUCCUUUCCUGUCCUGAGGACUGUCCCCUGGAGCUGUAUAAUCUGAUGCGUCUUUGCUGGAGCACACACCCAUCAGACAGGCCGAGCUUUAGCAGCAUACAUCGGAUACUGGAGCGAAUGCAUCUAAACAGCCUGAGUGCAAAUGCAGAGCCUGAAGCUGACUCAUAAUUUUUAUUUAAGUGAUUCUUGCAUGAGGGAAAGCAUCAAGGAAACUGGGAUUGUAGUUAUAAUUUGUCACUGAGAACAAGGAUAAAUGUAACACUUGAUAAUGUUGACUUUGCUAGCCCUAUUUUUUCUUCUGUGGGUAUCAUAUGUUUAACCCCUAUCCUGUUUUAAUGACAAACUAUGUUUUAUUCAUUCUAUUUUGCUUGAUUUUUCUUCAAGUCAAGCAAUUUUGGAGCCUGAAAUCAUAGAUGUACCAGCCUUAUAUAGGCAAAUCUCAAAGAUAGGAUAAAUAUUAAAAUAAGAAAAUGCCUUUCUGCUUGAUCCACCUGAUUUGAAUUAAUUGCAUAUUAGCAGACAGUUGCACAACUGGGUGUAAAGCUUAAGAGAUGGAUCAUGUUUUUUUUUUUUUUUAAGUAGUGGUGGAACAUAUAAACCCCCAGGACUGGAGUUAUUUCUGAGAUGGAGCGCAGAUACAGAUACUUAACUGAGUUGAAAAUAUCGCAGGAUGACAUCACAGGAUGUCCACACCCAUAUACAUUUGUGUGUUACAAAGCAGAUCAAAGACCAAUCUGAUUGGGAGACAAUGCAGCAGCAUCUGCUUGCACUUUUCUGAUGACAAAACACAAAACUAUCAUUCCUCCCAGUGACAAUUUACAGGAUAAACUGAGCUACUCCACAGUGGUUUCAUGAAGAUAUCUAGAUAUAAAAAUAAGCAAGUCUUCUGAACUGCUUUUCAAAAGAAAAUGAUGAACUUGAAUACUACAUCCAAUGCUCUGAUCAAACAUUGUCAAAUUGUGUCUAGCUUUAUAAUUUGUUUCUUUUCCCAGACAUACUACUGCUACAGUCUGUAAUAAACUGACAUUUGCUCCUGUUGACAAGGCUUUCUAAAGUUAGCAUGUUAGCCAACCCUUCCUUUCUGAUGUGACUGAUAUUUUUCAGCUUGUAACUUAUUUCUACAUGCGUAAAAUCUAUUUUUUAAGAAAAGUCUUUCUCUUGAUUCUAAAACUUGGUGCCUUGAUCAUUAGAAACUUGAAUGACUAAUGUUUCAGCUGCUCUCUUCUACACCAAGAGCUAUCUGAGAAUAUCUGAGCACUGUGCAGAGUAGGUCACAUAGAGGGAUUCACACCAGUCACUACUGUGGAUCCCACACUGGGGAUGUGACUCACAGACCCCCAUGUAUUACACAAGCAGCAUCCGUCUACUCUCAUUUCAUCAAGUACUCCACAGAUCAUUUGAAAAAGCAUUAAUAGAAUCAACAAUCAAAUACUUUAUUAUUUUAUUCAUAUUUAAGCUACAGUAAUUAUUCUCAAUUUAGUUAGUAUAUUUCCAAUAACUAUUUUAAAAAGGCUAGGAGGUUAUCUGCAUGGGAUGAAAAAAAGUCAAGCUCUGAAUGCAGCUGAAUUAACCUUUUUUGUUAGUUUUUUUUACAGCGUUUGGGAAAUGUAUGUUUGUGGUUUUUUAAUAGUUCUUAUAUAAUACCAUGUCCUUAGUUGUAUUCCCUUGUCAUGUACUAUAAAGACUUGAAUCACAAAAGUAUGGACAUUUUUAGUAAUUUCAACAAGAGUUGUUUAAAUCUUGUUUUUUAUUAGUUUGGUUUUUAACAGUUUUUUUUUUUCUCUACUCUGAAUUUUGAAGCAUAAAACAGAUCAAUGUCAUUUAAUGGACAAAGGGCAGUAGCUUGAGAACAUAAUGCUACCUUUUUAAAGAACAUUGCUAUGAAAGAAACAGUUUAUUCCACAGUGGCACACAAUCACUUUUAAUUGACACUGAUCGUCAAAGUAUAUACAUUUUUAUUCCAGUUUGAGGCAUUUUUACGAGGUUGUUUGUUUUCAUUGUUGGUUUUUGAUGGUCUUUCAAGUUUGCAGGGAAAACAAAAUUCAGUAAGUUUUGUUCAUAAAAUGUCUCAAUACUUGUUUAAUGGUUGUUCUGCAAAACCACUUGGCAAGAUCCAUUAAUUUAGGUUCCUUAAAAAUGAGUUGACUAAGAAUAAGCCAACAUUUGUCUGAAGGGGGCAACUGAAUUUGCUUUUAUGGAGGUUGAAUGUUUUUCUGUUUCUUAAGAAAAAGUUUAGUUCAUAUCGAACUGACAAGACUUUGCAUGUGACAUUUUAAAAAAAAAUUUCUUACAUACAUUGUGGAAAAAUUGAAUAAAUUAGAGAUUCACAUAAUUUAAAAGAAAUUAUUCAAAAUUUUCAGUUCCAAAUGCAUCCAGUAAAACAGACACGCUUAAUUUCUUUUUAUUUGUGGUGUUCUGUUUUUAUUUGUUGCACUUCGUAAACUGUUUUAAGUUCGUUAUUUAUUUUUGUAUGUUUUGAUUUCUAUGAAAUAAUAUACAGUACAUAUGUGUAUGUCUGUAUUGCCUAUGAAUAAACAAAUAUUCCAUGUAUCAUUUAGUAAAGGGGUUACCAACACAGUCCCUGCGGGCCCCCAGUCGCCCGCGGAGCAAGUUCAAAAAAUAGCCAUUGUCAUUAGGGAGCAAUGCCAAAGAAAUUAUUUAAUUGAGUGUUUUUACAUUGAAGUAAUAGCAUUUGUUUAUAUUUAGAGUUUUAAAAAAAGGAAAUGAUAAAAAACGUUUAAAAUAAAUUGCUUUAUGUAUAAAGCUCUUUCCUACGGUUAAAGUUCAGAACUAUGCUCAGACGCCUGCAGGAUAUUAUCGGAGGGCAGCAGUGCCUGCAGCUGUACAGCUGCACAUACUCUGUGUACCUUGAGAUCUUCCUUUAA